CUUUCAGAUUAAAAACUCAAGCCACAGGCACACUGAACCUUCAUAGUUCAUACAGCCAAAACCAUGAAAACAAGAAUACUCUUCCUCUUUUUCUAUUUUGCUUUCUCCUUUGCCAAAACUACUCCCACAUUUCCCUUUUCUACCAUAAUCAACACCCCAAAUGGGCUCUCUGCUUCUGCAAAGACUGAUCACAAACUUUAUGACACCAAAUAUUUCACCCAAAUUCUUGACCACUUCACCUUUACUCCUCAAAGUUACCAUACUUUCCAGCAGAGGUAUCUCAUCAAUGACAGAUACUGGGGUGGUGCCAAGAAUAUGGCUCCCAUCUUUGUGUACAUGGGAAAUGAAGGAGAUAUUGAAUGGUUUGCUCAGAACACUGGUUUCAUGUUUGAUAUUGCUCCCCAUUUCAAUGCUCUUCUUGUCUUCAUUGAGCAUCGCUUUUAUGGGAAGUCUGUGCCAUUUGGAGGAGAUAAAGAAGCAAAAUCAAGUUCGAAAGCACUAGGGUAUUUGAGCUCAACACAAGCAUUGGCAGAUUAUGCAACUCUCAUAAUCGAUCUGAAAAAGAAUUUGACAGCAACUAAGUCUCCAGUAGUGGUGUUCGGAGGUUCCUAUGGAGGAAUGUUGGCAGCAUGGUUUAGACUGAAGUACCCACACGUGACCAUUGGAGCAUUGGCAUCUUCUGCUCCAAUUCUGUAUUUUGAGAAUAUUACUUCCACUUAUGCCUUCAAUGAUGUUAUCACGCAAGACUUUAGGAGUGAGAGUGAGAAUUGCUACAAGGUGAUCAAGGGAUCAUGGCAACUCAUUCAAGACAUUGGUGAACAAACUGGUGGACUGGAGAGACUCAGAAAAUCUUUCAAGAUAUGCAAGAAUUAUAUUAGUGUAGGCAGUCUUGAAGGUUGGCUUUCUACAGCAUACACUUACACAGCCAUGACUGAUUAUCCAACUGCUACCAACUUCCUUAAUCCAUUGCCACCUUAUCCCAUCAAACAGAUGUGUAAAGCAAUUGAUGAUCCAAAUUAUGGGAGCGACCCAUUGGAGAAACUAUAUGGUGCAGUUAACAUAUACUACAACUACACUGGGGAAGUCAACAAGUGUUUUGAUCUCGCAAGUCCUUCUGAUCAACAUGGUCUUAGUGGGUGGACCUGGCAGGCUUGUACGGAGAUGAUAAUGCCAAUAGAUGGUAAUAAUAAGGAUAGCAUUUUCCCAGCCUCGGAAUGGGACUACAAUGAAAGGGCCCAAUUUUGCAAGGAGGCCUUCAACAUCGAACCCAGGCCCAAUUGGAUUACCACGGAGUUCGGGGGCCAUAACAUUGACAGAGUUUUAAAAAAGUUUGGCAGCAACAUCAUCUUCUUUAACGGAUUGAGGGAUCCAUGGAGUGCUGGAGGGGUGUUAAAAAAUAUCUCUAAGUCUUUAGUUGCUAUCAUUGCAAAAGAAGGUGCGCAUCAUGUGGACCUUAGAUUCUCAACAAAGGAAGAUCCAAAAUGGCUAAAAGAUGUGAGGAGGAAGGAGGUAGAAAUCAUACAGAAAUGGAUCUCUCAAUAUUAUCAUAGUUUAACAGAUUUAGAAUUUUGAUUGUUUAAAAAUAUAUUUUUUGGUGCUCACAAUAACUAUUCAAAAGUGUACACUGGGUAAACUCUGUUCUGAUGUAAUAUCCCACAAUAUAAUUACACAAAGAUAAUUAAAGUGGUGGAGAAAAGAAAUACUUAUAGGACUAUUUUGCAAUAAUUCA